CCAUCUUGUUACAAAACAGAAACUGCCAAUCUUUAAAUAUGUAACAUAUCCCAAGAGUAAUUUUUUGUCUGUGUUGCUUUUAUUUAGCUAGUAAUCCUUUGUCGGAGUUCCCAAGUCCGCACAGAUCGAUGGGUUUGGAAGCAGGUGUUGUUGGAGCUGUAAUAGUAGUUGGGUUCUUCAUUUUGCUGAAGAAUGUGUUGAAUGAGUUCUGGUUGAAACCCAGAAGGAUUCGAUCCAUGCUUUUCAGACAAGGAAUCACCGGACCAAACUCUUCUUCUUUCUUGUCCGGUAAUCUUCAAGAAUUGAGAGACAUUCAAUCUUCGGCAAUCAAGAAUCGUCAUCACUCGUCUGAUGCCGAUUCCGAAACUCGGUCGCCUUCUUGGGUUUCCUCCAUUUUUCCUUAUCUCCAUCAAUGGGCUAAAGAAUACGGGUCAAUAUACAUGUACUCAACAGCGAACAAACAGCAUUUAUAUGUGGCUAAACCAGAAGUACUAAAGGCACUGAAUCUUCAUAAAUCCUUGGAUUUGGGUAGACCUACAUAUCUCUCCAGUACCACUCAGCCUCUGCUUGGGAAUGGUAUUAUAAGAGCCAAUGGUCCUCACUGGGCUCAUCAGAGAAAGAUCAUUGCUCCUGAAUUCUUCCUCCACAAAGCUAAGCAUAUGUUAGGAUUAAUGGAGGAAUCUACUAUGGACUUGAUAAAAACAUGGGACAGCCAAGUUAAAAAGCAAGGUGGAGUUGCAGAUGUAAGUGUUGAUAGAGAUUUGAAAAGUGUAUCUGCGGAUAUUAUCUCAAGGGCUUGUUUCGGCAGCUCUUACUCUCAAGGCAAACAAAUUUUCGCAAAGAUUGAGCUUCUUCAGGGAUCUAUGUCCAGACCCAGUCUGCUUUUUGGAUUCACUAACUUCAGAUUUCUUCCGACAAAGAGCAACAGAGAAGCAUGGAGUUUGCAGAAAGAGAUAGAGACAAUGAUAUUGAAAAUAGUAAAUGCCCGCCGAGAAGAAAGACAAAGAUCUAGAAUGUCCGAAAAAGAUCUGUUAGAAGCAAUACUUGAAAGUGCUGCUAAUAGUGAACAACUUAAGAAUGCUCGCAAUGUAGAUCGGUUCAUUAUAGACAACUGCAAGAACAUCUAUUUUGCAGGCCAAGAGACCACUGCUAUGUCGGCCUCCUGGACUUUGAUGCUCCUUGCACUAUUUCCCGCAUGGCAAGAUCGUGUUCGUGCUGAGAUUUUCGAGACAUGUCGUGAUAAUCUUCAUGAUUGCUUGCUGGAUUUCGACAAACUUCAACAGUUAAAAACGCUAAACAUGGUGAUUCAAGAAAGCCUAAGACUGUACGGUCCGGGAGUAAUAACAUCAAGAGAAGCUUUUGAAGACAUGAAGUUAGCAGAUUUAACAAUCCCAAAAGGAACAAACAUCUGGGUAUUGAUGACUGCACUUCAUCGGGAUCCUGAAAAUUGGGGUCCGGACGCCAAUGAAUUCAAGCCGGAGAGGUUCUCGCGUGGUAUCUCUGAAGCUUGCAAAUAUCCGCAAUCGUACAUGCCUUUUGGUCUGGGAAGUCGGUUGUGCUUAGGACAGAGUUUUGCGAUGCUAGAACUCAAAGUACUUCUUGCUCUAAUUCUGAGCGACUUCUCCUUUUCUCUGUCGCCGGAAUAUCGCCACUCUCCUGUUUAUAGGAUGCUACUGGUGCCUGAACACGGUAUCAAACUCCUUGUAAGGAAAGUGCAAAAGGAGGAUAGAUCAAUGAAUACUUCUAUAUAAGUUUAUAAAAAUAGAUUGUACUAAGUCUUACACAGUUUAUUUCGUUAAUAAAAUAGUGCUCACCCCCGUUUAUUUU